GAUGGGGGAGGCCGAGCGAUUACCGAGUACCUCCGAGCGGUACACGGAAAUACCCGAAGUGGAGAGAUCCGCGCGGGAGCCAGACGGAAAAGCCCGAAGGAGGCCGGAAACUCCCGAGGCCGAUCGGCGAAGGAGGAGACCGUUGCCGAAAAUUGUCGAGGAUUCCCGGAGACUACCGAGUCCGAUCCAGAACGUAGUUUUCUCCCUUCGGCCACGCCUUCACUCCCGCACGCCACGCCCAAUCGGCCACCCUAGGCUGGGCCACGCCCAAUCGGCGACGGGCCGGCUGGGCGUGGCUUGCCGAAGCGGGCGGGGAGCGUUACGUGGCCGGACUACCGUCUCCGCUCGCCACUCAACCCCUGCGGAUCAGCUGAUGAGCGGUAUAUUAAGCAGAGGCUUCCAUCUCUCCCGGAGAUCCCAACAAGACAACAUGCCUCCCAAGAAGCCUGAGCCUAAGAAGGAAGUGGCCAAGGCCGCUCCAGCCUCUGCCCCAGCCCCAGCUCCUGAGCCCCCCAAGGAACCUGCCUUUGAUCCCAAGAGUGUAAAGAUAGACUUCACUGCCGACCAGAUCGAAGAAUUCAAAGAGGCUUUCUCGUUGUUUGACCGGACGCCGACUGGAGAGAUGAAGAUCACCUAUGGGCAGUGUGGGGACGUGCUGCGGGCACUGGGCCAGAACCCCACCAACGCCGAGGUGCUGCGUGUCCUGGGCAAACCGAAGCCUGAAGAGAUGAAUGCGAAGAUGCUGGACUUCGAGACGUUCCUGCCCAUCCUGCAGCAUAUCUCCCGCAACAAGGAGCAGGGCACCUAUGAGGACUUUGUGGAAGGGCUGCGUGUUUUCGACAAGGAGAGUAAUGGCACAGUCAUGGGUGCUGAGCUUCGCCAUGUCCUCGCCACCCUGGGCUCUGCAGGAACAACCUUCCUCCAACUGGGUCUGCUCAGCUGGGCUUGGAAGGAGAGGAGAGCAGGAGAGAAGAUGACUGAGGCUGAGGUGGAGCAGCUUUUGGCUGGGCAAGAGGAUGCCAACGGGUGCAUCAAUUACGAAGCCUUUGUCAAACACAUCAUGUCUGGGUGAAGCAGAGCCCUCAGGGUGCCUGGCCCUGGGCCAUAACCUUUCUGGGGCGAGUUAAGCCAGAGGCCCAGAGUGACUGAGCUGGAGCUGGGGAGCUGGGGUCCUGGACUUGCCACUGCAUCACAGCCCCGAGGACACCCUGGGCCAGUAGCCCACCCUGUAAAUAAACGGUUCUGGCAAGCCUGGGCC